AAGUAUAAAUGUUCCUUGACUGCCAUGCCAUGACUUUCAUUGCCGUUUUUGAGGGGGCUGCUUGUCAUGCGCAGACCUGACUACUUGUAGCCUGAGGCACUCUAGAAAUAAUCCAUGCCACCGCUUCCAUUGAUCUCAAACCCUCUCUUUGCCUUUGUGAUGAACAUGCCGCAAUGGUAGAAGCACAAGCACACGCAACCAACGGAUGAGAAUCACAUCUGUGACGAUAGUAAAUACCAUCUUCGAGAUGAGAUGUUCAAUUCACUUUCUUCACAUGCUCAUAUAUGAUCUAUUUAUCUGAGCAUUUCACGCAUACAGCACAUACAUAUUUAUUCUUUCCCUCUCUCCCUCUCCAUCAUCACUUCUGACCUCACUCGGCCCAUCAUUCACAUGGAUAGCAUUCGUGAUCGCUUCCAAUCCCAGCGUCACAAUACUUGGUCCUGAAGGGUCAUACAAUUUCAUCUUUUCGACACAGAGGAAAAGAAAUACCUACUCGGGACUAGUCCGUGCUCAAUGGGGACUAGCCGACUUGAAUAAGAUCGUCCCUAUUGCACUUUCAUACCCUUUUUUUACUUUUAUCCAAUGAUUCCUCCUCCCCUGCUUGAAUUCUUUUGGAUCUCUACCCACUUCCCAGCCAAUCAUCGCUCGUCUCUGGCUUUUUUAAUAUCGUCCUUAGCUUCUAGCUACAAGCCGGCAAGUUGCAACGAACAAGUCUCUUUUCCAUCCAUUCCUCAAUCUCGAAUUCAACACAGCCCGCAAAAAAAAACAUAACUACAACAACAUAAAAUCCAUUUUACAUACAUCGACAACAUCACCACCACCAUCUCAACAAUUGAAAUUCACGGUCCUUACAAGAUACCAUCCAGCGCGCAAAUCAUCAUACAUUUCAACCCCACGAUACCACCGCAUUCCAUUCGAUCCCAUUCAAUUCAAUACCCCAAAUCCGAUAGAGAUACCCCAUACCUCAAAUUUCGCUUUUUCCACUGUACUGUACUUGAAUUCAAUAUACAUCAACCUCUGAAGCUACACCAUCACGAAUCAGACCUCUUUUUGAUCAUCACCAUAUCAAAUCGAAGAAACAUCGAUACAACCACAGCAGCCAUAACCACAGCGACAACAACGUCUGGCCUUCCUCGAAGACGAACGAAAUAGCAAUGACGAAGGAAACUUUAACCUCGGACAAGGUGAACUAUAUCAUUUGGAAAUAUUUAAUAGAAUCAGGUUACGAAGGAGCGGCUCGUCACCUUUCAAAAGAGUGGGACGUUCAACAACCAGAUUUAUUACCAUUUGCGCCCCAUGUCGGAAAGCAUGCACUAGUCUCCGUUCUAAACAAAGGUCUUCUUUAUGAUGCAUAUAACAGAGAAGCAUCAAGGGCAUUCCGUCAACAUCAAGGACGCUCUCAAGAUGUUUCAGAUUCAGAAAUACCAAUGGGUGUUUUUGGUCCCUUGGAAAUAGCAAACAGAACUAUUCCCAUCAUCACAUCACCUCAAGAAUCCCUCAACAACAAUGAGGAUUUGGAAAUUGCUCGGAAACAUCAACUAGAAGAAGAAUCAAUUUCAAAUUCAAAUGGUCCACCAGGAAAGAAACCACGACUUACCAAUGGUUAUGAAAAUGGUAUUUCAAAUGGAACCACAAACGGAAAUGGAAGCUCAAAUUACUACGAUUCGGCUUCAACGCCCAUGGAAAUUGAUGUUGAUCAAAAUGGUGAUGGUCACGCUUAUCCCUCACCAGAGCAACUGCCAUCACCAGUCACUGCCACCAUUGGACCCGAAAGGGGUACCCAGUCCGAGAAAGUCACAAAUCUCAAAACCGAAACGUUGUACCUAGACUUAUUGGAUGACAAUGUAUCAAAAUCGACCGUAUUAUAUCGUUGCGAAUGGAAUCCAAAGCUACCAAAUCUCUUGGCCGCGGGGGGUACUGAAUCAUUAGCUCGAAUGUGGGAUCUAUCAAGUACGGUCGCCGAUCAUAUCAAUGGAAGUAAUAACCCUAAUGCUUCAGGCAUGAAUACGAAUGGGAUUGUUCCACCGUGUAUUCCUCUUCUCCAGCCUCUCGCGCCUCAACCGACAAUGGUCAAUGAAGUUACCUGGUCUUCGGAUGGAACCCAUAUUCUUGUUUCGAGUGAGGAACCUGAUGGAACCGCAACUGUUACUGUUUGGACUGCUAAGGGUCAACUAUUGCACACCUCUAGUCCAAUGGAAGGUCCAGUCGUUUCUUUAAAGUGGAACUUCUCGAAUACAUUAUUUUUGACAGUUUCUCCAAUUACACUUAAAGGGCUUUCUACACCAGCAUCAACCUUGACGGUCACUUCGAUGUCCGACUUUACAACAAUACAACAUACAAUACCAUCGAUGCCAAUUUUCGAAUCCCCGCUUGAAGGUCUAUGGAUGAGUGAUGAGGAUUUCAUGGCUUACGGAAAUGAAUUUCUACAGAUAUUUCGAUACGCGGAUGGAAAGAUCAAAUAUUUGACGAAAUAUGAACAUCGUGACGAUCAUCGUGUAACGCAUGCUACUUUCGACAGGGAAUCAAAGUUACUUGCUACUGGUAGUCAAAGUGGUAUGAUUGAUAUAUGGGAUGAGAAAGGUCGUUCUCGAACAUUCAAUGCUCAUACCGGACCGAUUACUUCCCUUGAAUGGCAACCAUUGCCUCCAUCUGAUUCGGAGGGUGAAAGCAGUGAAAGCAAUGAAAGGUUGUUGGCUUCAUCUAGUGAAGAUGGCGCCGUUAGCAUUUGGAAUGCCAAAUCUUUGGAGCCAAAGCAAAAAUGUUCAAUGACAAUUGACUCGACUAGUGUUUUCAAGGUUAAAUUCACUCCAGAUGGCGCAUUCAUUGCUGGUGCGACUAGUGAUCGAGUUUUUAUUUGGAAAGUCGACGAUGCUUACUUUCCUCGAGCAACUUGGAAUAGACCACCUGGAAAUGGCUGGCAAACACCACAAUCAACUGAGUCAAAUGGAGAAGAUGAACACGCUUUGAGUUGGGAUGCACAUGGUCAAAAAUUGGCUUAUGGUUGCAAUAGUGUGUUGGCAAUCAUCAAUUUUAAACGCUGAUCCUGGAAUUACCUGUCGGUACAAUACAAGAAAAUGAAAAGCGUUGACUUUUAAAAUAAUUCCCUGUCACUUUGAAGACAACAGGAGAUGACAAGAGACACCGAGUGAAGUUCCUCAUUAUUCAGCAUGAUGGAGUAGGCAAAAAGUGUUUCUUUCCGUCACAAAAGAGGUAUUGAAAUGAUCAUGAAUAGAUCAUACAUCCCAUCGUAUCUACUAUAGUAGAGAAUCGUCAAAGAAAAUACGAAGUUGCGAAGCAUGAACAUUGGAACGGAGUCUAGAGCUGCAAAAAGAUAAGACAAAGCAACAUUUGAUACUGACGAUCGCGACACAAAGAAAUCCAUUACACCUGGGUUGACCGUAUUGGAUGCAUGAGAGGGAAAGAUACGAUUGAUGAUUUUAAAUGUGUAUCAUAGAAAUGUUAGAGAAUUGGGUGUCGGGCGUAUUGCACAUUGAAAGAAUUGGGAGUUUGGGAUGAUAGGAUUGGAUAGUAUGUCUUGAGGGGAUUGGGAUGGCAUGGGUUUGGAUUGGAGUGGAGAUCAAAAUCAGGGUGGUGAAAGUGCUUCUGCUUAUGUGUAGAUUAUAAUUCAUGGAUGGGAGAGUGAGGUGAAGGAUGAGAGAGAGGGUGAGAGCUUGUGAUUGAGAGAUUGAGAGGAAGUGGAGUUGGAAAUGAAGAAGAGGGCGGUGGAUUGUAUAGCGAUGGGUUACGAGGUGACCUGCGGGGAUGUAGGAGGAGGAGAGAAUAGGUGAUGAGGGGAGGAGAAGGAAAGAGAAGAUAAAGAAGGAUUGGAGAUGGAGAGGAAUCACUCGAAAUCAAAAGCAAUUCGAAAUCAAGAAUCAAGAAUGAAAAAUGAUAUAGCA